UGUGGGAGAGGGCGGCCAGGGGGGGGGGGUCGAAUCAACUAAAGUAAUGAAUGUUCGGCUAGAGUAGAGGGCCCCAGAGCUGUUCAGUUUAUCUCCGUCCGGCUGCCAAUCGGUCUGUGCCACAAUAAACAGGAUUUCAUCGCAACUAAGAUAAGAGAAGUCAAACGACUCGAGGAAGCACAGUAGCGGUUCUGGCAGCCGAGAACACAACAGCAAAGCAAACUCAACUCCAUCUAGAAUGACAACAGCGUUGAAGCAGGAGGCGGCGCAGCUGCGCAAGGCUGUUGAGAAGGAGCGGGGGGCGGCGGAGGCGGCUGUGGCGGAGGCUGCGACCCUGCGAGAGGCGCUCGACAGCGAGCGGAGAGCUGUGCGAGCGCUGCGCAGGGAUGUCGAACGCCAGCUGAAGGCAGUCAGGGAGGCGGAAGCCACCCGAACCGCCGAUCUCUUGCAACAGCUCAGGAACAAGUUGACAUUGGAGCUGUCAGAAGCCGUAAAAAACGAGAGAGAAGCGACCAUCAAGGCGACUACUGGCGAGCUGCAAAGGCUGCAUCAGACGCAAGAGACCGAGCUGCGCAGAGAGUUUUGCCGCAAGGAAGAAGAUCUGCGCAGGCAGCUGAGAGACGCCUUGGCUCACAGCCGGCUGCAGGAACCUGUUCCCAACACAGCUGCUGCGUCUGCAGAUAAUGCUGCGUCAGCAAAACAAGUGGCCGCUCCCUGCCCAGAAAUGUUAGCACUUCGAGCCCUCAACAAGCGACUGGAAACACGGGUGCAGGAACUGGAGGAAGCAGAAAGACGUAAUGCUGAUACAGUACGAUCGCAAUACGAGGAGCAUGCCAUGCGUGAGGCCGAACAGAACAAGGCUACCCGUAGGCAAACUCAUCUUCUGUUGGAGAAACUGAAAAGCAGGGACAGAUCAAUUGAGAAUCUCGAGAAGGAAGUCACCAUUUUGAAAGGACGAUUGGACGAGACUAGGCACGUUCGAGACCGUUUCGACUCGGAAAAACCAGGGGAAUCACCUCGCCUCGGAAUCAAACGACCCAAUACACGCAACAGCGGACUUCCUCCAGAAGCGAUGAGAGCACGAAGUAGCCGAAUGAAAGACAAUAAUUCGAACGAAUUAAACGACGAGCAGCAAAGCUGCAAAAAUUCGAAACCAUUGAUCCCAAAAACAGAUGUUAUUGGGACCAAAGAUGACAAUAAAGAUUUCAAAUCACAUAUACCAGAAGAAGAAAUCAUUAAGAACACCACUGACAUUGAUAAAAAAGAAGACAAGGAAAUUCAGACCGAUACUAAUGAAAAGCCAUGCAUUUACAAAGAAUCAGCGACCAAUACUGAUGAAGAGGGACUCGACAGCUGGACAAAGGCUGUAGGACUUGAAACACUUUACCAGGUGGUGGUACGGGAGCAUCAGGAUUUACAGCGGGCCCACCAGGCUCUGCAGGCCAAAUUGAAGACUGAGCAGCGCGCGAGGCUGGACCUCGAGUCUCCCAUCAAGACCCGAGAAGAGAACCCGAUCAAUUUGGCACUGGCCGCUCAGAUAGAGGAGCUGACUGCUAGACAAGAGGAACUGAUAUCUGAGAAUCACGACCUCAGAGAACAGAAUGAUUUACUGGAGUUCAGAAUCUUGGAAAUGGAUUCAGCACCAGCAAGUCUUCAUUUCAAGACAGCGCCGGCCAGUCCAAGCCGCACCCCGGAGAGUCGCGAUGAUGUGAGUGAUUCAGGGGUUCUGUCUUUGCCAACCAGCGAAGAUAUAUCUGAAGCUGACUUCCAUGAUCUGGCAAUGGAGCCCAGUAGCAGGGAUAUUAAAUACAAACUAGCCCAAUUGUGCCUGAGUAUAGAGAAUGUAACCGACAAAGUUAGUAUACAGCAAGGUUUGUCUCUAUUGAGGCACUAUGAAGUGAGGCUGGAGACUGCUUUGAACACCCUCUCUCAGGAUGCAUUAUCAGUUAGAUCCCUCACCUCGCCCGACUCAGUUAUAUCAUCUGAGACAUCUAAGUCACAAAGUAGAAUAAUUGCAACAGUAUUACCAUUCACAGAUCUGUCUCAGAACUGUGGUAAACAGAAAGAUGAUCUGCCACUCAAGAAACUCUUCAAAGAUGCUGAUUGUCUACAGGAGAGCGGAAUUUUCGAGGAGAGUCCUGAGUACUGCAGUCGCUGCACUCAGACCGACUGCAGUUCGGCAAAACUGGAGACCACCGGAGAUCUCAGUUUAGAGAUCAGAAAACUGAAACAAAUUCAAGAACGAAUCGAAGAGCAGGGAAGUAAUAAACGGUUACUGAGAGCUAAUAAUACCCACGAAGCAAAUGGUCUGAGUGCAGAAUCCAAAGAACUGGCGUUCUACCGCGACAGAGUAGAAAUGCUCGAGAAUAAGUUGGCUAUUUAUGAGAGCAGCGGCGAUGAACAGGCCAAGAAAAUGAAAUUGAGGCUCGAUCGAGAAAUUAUUCUAUCGGCAGAAAUCAAACACUUGAAAGAAAGGUGUCGAAUGUUGGAAGAGCUGAGCCGGAAAUUGGAUGAGGAAAAGUGCGAGUUUGAGGAAGCUGAAAAUGAUACCAGACUUAGAUGUCAAAAAUUGGAGGUAAAACUCAGUGCACUAGGAGAGAAGAAAAGUGAUUUACAAGUGCAGUUGCAGCAAAAUGCUAGAACAAUGUCAAACCUGAGGAGUUGCUUAGCAGAGGAAGAGCGCAAGCGCAUUGAAGCAAGACAGCAUGCAUCUAGAAUGGAGAAUUUGGUGCAGCACUAUGAGCAACGCAAUUUCGAAUUGGAGGAGAAAGAGAUUGAAUCACGUUGCCGAGCACAGAUGCUUGAGAAAACAAUUCCAGCGUUACAGGUUUUCAACACUUGGAAAGUUGCCAACGCUAUUUGUCAGUCAGCGGGUAGAGAUUUGAGUUCACAAGAGAGUGGAUCCAAUAAGAUGAUCAUGUCAUCCUCUGAAGUUGAAAUGAGUUGUGACGGUGGAGAUAAUCGCUUCAAAUCGCACUCAAAUCAGGAGAAAAACUUUGUGAAGAAUUUGUUGGUUCCCUCCUAUGAAACUGAAAUUGGUGAUCAAGGUAUAAAACAUCACGAAUCAUCAAAUAGAAGUGAUUGUAUCGACCAGUAUAACGAUUAUGAAGAGUACUUGCAAGACAGAAUCAAGCAACUGGAAUUUGCCAUCAAAUGUAAAGAGGAACUGCAGCAGCAGAGUCUUUCACCCGACCAAAAGAACUCCCUCAUCACCAAGCUACAGGAACUGAAGAAGACCAACUGUGACUUGGAGUGCCGACUGAAAGAUUUGGAGAUGAAAGAGGGCUACUACAAGCAGACUCUGCAGCAGGCUGACGAGAUGUGGGCCAACAUGGAGGGUGGCUACAAAGAGCAGCUCAGGGAGCUUGAGAACAAACUCGACGACAAACAGAACGAGAUCUACGAGUUCGAAGCCAUGGUGAGGAAGAUGUCGUGCGAGAAAGAAAUGAGGCAACAACUGCAGGAAAGAACGUGCUCCCUAGAGAGCGAAAUGAAGGACUACAGAUUCAAAAUCGCCGAGAAGGAGUGCGAGAGAAAACUGCUGGAGAAGGAAAGGCUGCGCCUCACCGAGGAGCUGGAGCACACCAAUGAGGAGUUCAAUUACUUGAAGCAUGUCAUCGAGCCGAGCUUGAGGCAGCAGCUGGAAGAGCACAAGAAAUUGACCAAAGAGCUCAAACGUGAGAUUGAGUCUCUAGAAAAAGAUAGAGAACAAGAAAUCGAAGAUCGUUUGGCUGAGGUAAGUGGUUUAAAAAGAAAAAUGAACAAGCUGGGUAAAGAGCUUCUAGAGAAUGAGUGUACCAUUAGUGAAUUGAGAGAAGAAGUUCAAACUUUAGAGAUAGCCGUAAUCGAACUUCGUGAGAAGCUUGAAGACGUGAAUGAUAAACAUGAGAGAGAGGUGAUGAAAAUGACCAUGGAAAUCGAUGAUAAGAGUAGAGAAAUUCAAUAUCUACAAGAGAAAUCAACCUGUGAAAUGAAGUUACCAAAAAGUGCGAGGCAAGAGCUUGAAGAGGCUGAACAACAAAUGCAAAGCUGCAACUCCAAAGAGCCAUCCACCUCCACCUCCACAUCCACCACGUGUGAUCAGAAACCCCCCAAGCGCCACAGGAAGCACAAAGCCUUAUUUCCACAUCCGACGCUCAAAAAGUUGAAUGAGAAAAUCAGAGCCGGUCUUCUCAAGGAUGACAAGGAAGUGCUGAAGAAUUCUGAUUCACAGCUGGGAGGUGAACACCUGACUGAUUAUAAUCCAAAGACUGAUUCAAUUUCUAGAAUUGCAAAAAAUUCGUUGUUAGCAGAAAUGAGAGACUCCGGUGAUAGAAGUGCAAUAGAUUUAAGGACAUUACCUCAGGAUGUUGAAGUGCAUGCGACCAAAUGUUUCAAUGUUGAAAGUUGUUAUAGAGCUGCUGCAAGUGAGCAUAGUACUUCUUCUUCUUCUUCUUCAAGUGCCAUUGAGUUGAAGGAGGACAAAGAGCUACAUGUUGAUGGUCAGUCAACAGAGUCGACUCCAAACUCCAAUACUCAGCUGGAGAAACAAAUUAGUGAGAUGAGCCAUUUAUAACACCACCAGAAACUCCCGAGAUGUACACUCUCACAAAAAACAGUCUAAAUCAAGUUCGUCGUCUGUGGACAGCUCUCAA